GGCGGGAGAGGCACGGAGCGGAGCUGCGUGCGAGCACCGCGGGACGGCCCUGCCCUGCCCCGCCCUGCCCGGCCGGCUCAGGUAACCGCGGGGACGAGGCGCGGAGCGGCGGGAGCCCGGCUGUCUGUGUGCCCCGCUGUGUGCCCCGGCCGCGAUGCUGCGGGCCCCCGCUCCCCGCUGACAGCGCAGCCCGUGUCUCGGGGCUGUCCUGCUCGCUCGUCCCGCAGUUCUCGAGGCGCCGAGUGCUGGCUCGCCGUCCCGGUCGCCGGGCUGUGAGCGCGUUCGUUUGCAAUAAAAAGAAAAGUGGAGCUGCGGAUCCGCCUCCCAUCACGUCCCAUCCCCUGCGGAGCCCGGUAUAUUUGUGCCGCUAAAAUAGUUUGCUUCUCCCUCCGGUUUUAUUGACACUGAGGAUGAAGAAGGAUUUGGAAGCAAAAGCGCCUUGAAGCCGACGUCGUUUGGAGAGAGCCCUGCAGCUCACCCGUUGGGUCUCGAAUUCCACCCUUUGCCCCUGCUGAAUCCACCGCUCUGCCCUUUACUCUCCGGGGUAAAAAACCAAACAACAACAAAAAGCCGAGGAAAAGAAUCCCCUUGGCAGCAGGGCAGCUUUGUGCGGCCACCCCAGCGAGCUCCAAGUGUCCGGUUUCUGAAAAGAAGAAAAUCCUUUUGUUUUCAGCAGAUCAGUAGAAUUAUUUUGGAAGCGAGGAGAGUAUCAAGUGAUCUGUUCCACUGAAGAGGAGACUGAAGCCAUCUCUGAGUGGAAAUUUUGGACGUGCGGGAGGAAGGCUGUAUCCCCCCAUGUGCCAGAACCGCUCCUCCUUACCAAGGAAGUCAAAGUGAAGGACGUAGGUCAAGGGCAGCUUUUACAUUCCACCCAAAAGGCACCACAGUUUGAGAUGAGGAAUUCAGAAGAGCAAGCAGCUACGACAGUUUUACAACGCCUGCUGCAGGAGCAGCUCAGAUACGGAAACCCAAAUGACAACCGUAACCUUCUUGCCUUACACCAGCAAGCCACAGGAAAUGCCCCCCCUUUCAACAGCACUGGGAGUCCAGCAUCUCAGAACGAAGGGCUGAGCUCCCAGGACCACCAGCUUGUGACUCAUGCUGCCCGCCAGGAGCCCCAGGGCCAGGAAAUACAGGUGGACAACAGCAUCAUGGAGAAGCAGCUCUCUCCGCGACUCCAGAACAGUGAGGAUCUCCCAACCUAUGAGGAAGCCAAAGUGCAGUCGCAGUAUUUCAGGGGCCAGCCGCAUGCUAGUGUCGGGGCAGCGUUUUAUGUAACGGGGGUGACCAAUCAAAAAAUGAGGACUGAAGGGCGGCCCACGGUUCAGCGGGUGAGCCCAGGGAAGGUCCACCAGGAUGAAGGACUUAAGGACCUCAAGCAAGGACACGUCCGCUCCCUGAGUGAGAGGCUGAUGCAGCUGUCCUUGGCCACCAGCGGUGUCAAGGCGCACGCGCCUGUCACAAGCGCUCCACUCUCCCCUCUGUCUCCUCUCUCUCCUCAGCAGUCGAGCGACCCUUAUAAAAAUUCUGGCUCCAGUGAGUUCUACAAGAACUCAGUGCAGCCCCCUUCCCAGCCCAGCAUGAAAGGGAUGGAACAGCGGGGUCCUCCUCCGGAGUAUCCUUACAAAAAUGUGUCCACCCCAUCUAUGAACUGCAAACCUCAGGACUCGGGGCAUUUCUAUAGCGAUCAUCGUGUGAGCCAGCAGGGAAGAUCCGAUGGGCCUAUGAUGAGGUAUCAGCAUCCCCCUGAGUAUGGGUCAGUCAGGCAAAACCCAGAUGUGCAGCUGCAGUUACAACAGAGACCACCUCACCACCACAGUCCAACUUCUUCCUUGACAUCUUUGGGAUCUUUGACCUUGCUUCAGUCUCCACCGCCAUCCAGACUGUCUCCUUCCCAGCACCAGCAACCCCUGACUCCAAGCCAGGGAGAUCCUGGCAUUCUGCCACGGACCCAGCAGCCAUUCUUGUCCAACCAAGUCCAUCAGGGAGAUCUGUACCGACUAUGCCAGCCUUUCCUUGGCCCGCAGCAGCAGCAAGGCGAUUCCUAUUCAGUGAUGUCCCGGGCUCAGCAGAUACCUUCCCCAUAUCAGCAGAUGCAAGUAGAUCCUUUUGCCAUAGUUUCCAGGGCCCAGCAAAUGGUGGAAAUCCUGUCGGAAGAGAACCGGUCUCUGCGACAGGAGCUGGAUGGGUGUUAUGAGAAGGUAGCCCGACUGCAGAAGCUGGAAACAGAAAUUCAGCAAGUUUCAGAGGCAUACAAAAACCUGGAGAAAUCAUCCUCUAAGCGGGAUGCCCUGGAGAAGGCCAUGAGAAACAAGCUGGAAGGAGAAAUUCGUAGGCUUCAUGAUUUCAACAGGGAUCUGAGAGAACGUAUGGAGACAGCCAACAAGCAGCUUGCAGAGAAGGAAUUUGAGGGGUCUGAAGACAAUCGGAAAACCAUCUCUCAACUCUUUGCACAAAACAAAGAAACACAGCGAGAAAAGGAGAAACUGGAAAUAGAACUGGCUGCUGCACGCUCCACCAAUGAAGACCAGCGAAGACACAUUGAGAUCCGAGACCAAGCAUUGAACAAUGCUCAGGCCAAGGUGGUGAAACUGGAGGAGGAGCUCAAGAAGAAGCAGGUCUAUGUUGAGAAAGUAGAGAAGAUGCAGCAGGCCUUGGUUCAGCUGCAGGCAGCGUGUGAGAAACGGGAACAGCUGGAGCAUAGGCUGCGGACUCGGCUAGAGCGAGAGCUGGAAUCUCUCCGGAUGCAGCAGCGUCAGGGCACAUCUCAGGCUGCCAACGUCUCUGAAUACAAUGCCACAGCGCUUAUGGAACUCCUGCGCGAGAAGGAAGAAAGGAUUCUUGCUCUGGAAGCUGACAUGACCAAGUGGGAACAGAAAUACCUGGAGGAGAGUGUGAUGAGACAAUUCGCUUUAGAUGCAGCUGCAACUGUGGCUGCUCAGAGGGACACAACAGUGAUCAGCCACUCACCUAACCCUAGCUAUGACACCUCGCUGGAAGCUCGCAUUCAGAAGGAGGAGGAAGAGAUCCUGCUUGCCAACAGGAGGUGUCUGGACAUGGAAGGAAGGAUCAAGACUCUGCACGCUCAGAUCAUUGAGAAGGACGCCAUGAUCAAAGUCCUGCAGCAGCGCUCCCGGAAGGAGCCUGGUAAGACGGACCAGCUCUCCUCCAUGAGGCCUGCCAAGUCACUGAUGUCAAUCUCAAAUGCUGGCUCGGGCUUGCUGUCCCACUCAUCCACGCUGAGCAGCACUCCCAUCCUGGAAGAGAAGAGGGAGGACAAGAGCUGGAAAGGCAGCCUAGGUGUUCUGCUGGGAACAGAGUAUCGCUCCGAAUCCAUUCCCUCCACGCCCUCUCCUGUCCUUCCUUCCACCCCGUUGCUGUCAGCCCACUCUAAAACAGGCAGCCGGGACUGCAGCACCCAGACUGACCGAGGGAACGAGCAAAGCAAAGCUGCACCUUCUCCUGCAGCUCCCACACCAGGACGACUCCCCAGUGCCAGCCUGCCCUUUAGUGCUGAGAAAACAGAUGGGCCACUCUUCCACUCCAGCACUCUCGAAAGAAAAGCCCCUGUUCAGUCCAUGGGGCAGGACCUCCCCGAUGGAGAGAUGGUAGAAUACCUCAUCUGAAAGCCCGUACCGGAUCUGAGCUGGGAUUCAAUAGCAAGAAUUUUUUUUUAAAGACAAUUUUAUUGGGAAAAAAUUGUAGUACCUGAGUAAUAAAAGAACACUCAGCCGUUUGCUCUUGUAUAUUAUGUCUCAAAAGUAUGGACAGGUUAAUUUAUAAUUUGUUCUAAAUUAUAAAAAAAAAAAAGAAAAAAAAAUCCACAGUGCUUGUUAUUUGAAAGUAUCCCCCUUAUUUGUUGAGUACUGGAUCUGGUAAUGUCUGGAUAAAAGUCAAGAACUGAGGUGCACUACAUCUUGUAUUUCAUAUCAGUAUUUUUGAAGUCUUGUCUCUCAAGCAGGAGCACCAACUCACAGCUGUUGGUGGUUUGUCCAAUGUGAACACAGUAAGAGGGGCAGAAUGGCCUUGUAGUGAUGGAGCCAGGGGCUUAGUUGGGAGCAUCACUUGAUGGUUUCAGGAUGCAGGUGUUCCCAAGCUGAGAAGCUUUCAUAAACCUGAGCUAUGAUGAAGGGAGUUUAAUCUUUUCACUCUGAGUAAGAAUUGUUAUUUCUCAUCCAUAGCCUGGAAAGACUUCAAUUUUCAGUACGGUAACUUGUUGUUUUCCAGACUGUAUUAUGUCUUAAAAAAAAAAAGACUCCGGUGAUUAAUGUAACAUUUCACAUUUUCAGUUGCAUCGAAAAAAAUUGCCGUAGUCUUAUCCGUAAGUACUUGUUCAAUAAUUUAUACCAUGGAUAGUAAGUAAUAUAUUGCAUUCAUGUUUUACAUAAAUUAAACAAGGACAUUUUGCUGACCCAGUCCUGAUCUGUUAGGUCAGAUUUCUGCCGUUGUAAUUUCAUUGGCGUUAGUGGAACUUCCCCCAGUUUACAGUAGUACAGGUGGCAAGCCCUGUUGCUUUCCAGUGUUAUGACUUAACCUACUGCGUCCUUAGCAGGCUUCUCUAUCCUUCCCAUGCCCUCCUUUAUACAUCCUGGGUUCUGGGAGAUAAUAGAUUCUUUUUUACGUAGCAAAGCCUCUGAGGUAGAGGUUUAAACAAGAGCUGUGUGUAAAGUUUCAGGUGGCAAAUUCUGUCCUUCCAAAAUACUUUUUCUUUAACUAACUGGAGAAGGCAGCUUGAAUAAAGACCCAGAGGCAUUACAGAAGGAAGUUACACAUCCUAAUUGUCAGGUUCUCAGAUCCCUGGGGACUAGCAAGAACGCAGCAGUGCUUUGGUUGCAGAUGCUGUAAGGAAAUACUAAGACCAGUAGACUUAAAUGUUUGAGUAUUUUUGUUACUGUCUUUGCGUUCAAACAGUUCAAUAUUAAUUUCUAUUAAAAUCUUUUUUUACUUGAAUGUUAAGAUGUUUAAUUAGCCAGUAGUCACAGGUCAGCAACCUGGGUAGCCUCUGCUUUCUGGGCAAUGUUAGACUAGCCAGAUUUUUAUUUCAGAUCAUUUCACUUCAGAAAAAAAAAAAAAAAAAAAAAAAGGAAAAUCAGCAAUUAAUCAUGCAACAGCUAGUGAAUGUCCUCAAUUCCUACUUAGCUGACACUACUGAUGAGGUGUCCAGUUGAAAUGGCCUUACCAUUCGACAGGUGUAAUGUGAAUGUUACCACGGAGGGGUGGGAGCUGAAGGGAAGUGCCUUCUCCCUGCUGCACAGGUAACGUAGCAGUGCCUAACGAUGAGCCCUGAGUUGGGUUCUGUUUGUCUUCCAGUGGUAGUCACUUGGAAAAGCAAGGCAAACAGUUCCCAUCGCUUCUAGCAAAUCUCCUGCUUGUUAGCAUCCCUCCGCCUGUACUCUGAGCCCACAGAAGGCACAGGUGGCAAAAUACACAUGAUGUACAAUAUUUAGGUGAAAUCUAAGUGG